GGUAUUAAGCAUAAAUAUUAUAAUAACACCAUAAGACAUGAGAUAUAAAGUUGUAUCUGUGUUUUUUCUUCUUCUGGUCUAUAAGCAGAAAAGAGGGCCAGGGUUUAAGUAUGCCUCCAACCUCCCAGGUUCACUAUUGAAGGAGCAAAGGCAGAACAGGGAACACAAAGAUUCUGCAGAGACAGCAAAGAAAAAGGGAGACCGAGAGGAAAAUUCCAAACGCAAGUCAGAGGAACAUCCCAAGAAAAGAUCUGAAGAAUCUGUUCCAAGAAGGAAAUCUGAGGAUGGGCUUGUGAUGCGAAAGCGGAGAAUUGCUGAUCGAACUUCUGAGCCAAUUGCCAGAAAAAAGUUUAAAAUUGGAAAGGAAGAGAAACUGUUGAGGAAAAAGAAAAAAACCUUGCAACCAAGUGAAGAUCACCCAGCAAUUGUCAAAACAUUGCAAGCUAUCAAGCAGGAGCCUGAAGAUGAUCCACCAGAGACCCCUCAGAAAACAAAGGAGAGUGACCAGUCUAGGUCAAGCUCUCCAAGAGCUGGUCCCAGUACUGAAAGUGCAGAGGCCAAAGAAAAGAAAAGCGAGAGGUUUAAAGAGAAGCGCAAAAAGCGAUUGCACAAUAAAGAACUUAGUAAAGAACUAAGCAAAGAACUCAAUCAGGAGAUUCAUAAAACUGAGACCAGCCUGGCAAAUGAGAAUCACCAACCAAUUAAAUCUGAAGGAGAAGGUGAAAAAGUAGAGAAGCCUAAACGACUGCUGGCAAGUAGUGAAAGACUUCACAGAUUAAGCAAAGGAUUAAAUGGGACUCCAAGGCUUAGGCAUCACCUUACCACAAGCUUGAGGCGGGCUCCCAGGGUCAUCACUAGACCACCGCCUUCUGUGUCACCAACUAAAUCAAUUCAAAUGGAGCGACAUGUUGUGCGGCCUCCGCCUGUCAGCCCACCCCCAGACUCUCUGCCCCUUGAUGAUGGUGAAGACCAUGUGAUGCAACGGGAAGUGUGGAUGGCUGUGUUUGGCUACCUCAGUCGAAAAGAUUUAUGUAUUUGCAUGCGAGUAUGUAAAACCUGGAACAGAUGGUGCUGUGACAAGAGGCUUUGGACCAAGAUUGACUUAAACCGGUGUAAAUCAAUCACACCCCUUAUGCUCAGUGGCAUCAUUAGGAGGCAACCUGUAACCCUUGACCUGAGCUGGACAAAUAUAUCAAAAAAACAGUUAACUUGGCUUAUCAACAGACUGCCAGGUCUUAAGGAUUUGGUUGUUUCAGGCUGCUCCUGGGCAGCAAUCUCUGCACUUUGCAGCUCUAGUUGUCCGUUGCUGAGAACUAUGGAUCUUAGAUGGGUGGAAGGAUUAAAAGAUGCCCAAAUGAGAGAUUUGCUUUCUCCUCCAACUGACAACAGACCAGGUCAAAUUGACAAUCGCAGCAAGCUACGAAAUGUGGUAGACCUUCGUCUGGCUGGACUGGACAUUACAGAUGCAACACUCCGUCUUCUUAUUAGACACAUGCCAACAUUAGCCAAACUGGACCUUAGUUACUGCAACCAUCUGACAGAUCAAUCAAUUAACCUAUUAACAGCAGUUGGCACUACAACUAGAGAUUCCUUAACAGAUGUCAAUCUAUCAGUUUGCAAUAAAGUCACUGACCAGUGCCUAACCUAUUUCAAACGCUGUGGUAACAUCUGCCGAAUAGACCUCCGUUACUGCAAACAGGUAACAAAAGAAGGUUGUGAACAAUUCAUUGCAGAGAUGUCUGUUAGUGUUCAGUUCAGUUUGUCAGAGGAAAAACUGUUACAAAAACUCAGUUAACUAAGCAAAAUGAGGAACCGGACCAUGCAACAGGAUGCUUAAUUUCUUCCGAGAUUUAAUUAUAUCCAGAUUCUGCUUCAAGUUACUGGCAUCAGACAGAAGGACAAGGAUGAACUGUGGAGAGGACAAAAGCUGCUUAUCCUAACAAAAACUUUUCCACAUCUGAAAAUCAGUCCGAAUUCAAAUUUAUUUCUUAAGUUUUAAUAAUGUUAUAAAAAGACACUGAUGCACAAGUGUUUGUAUUUGUAUAAACCUACGUGGCAAGAGGGGAAAAAAAAUUGAAAAAAACUAACUUUUUUGUGCACGUUUUACAACUAAAGCAUGUGCAGUGUAAAUUUUAAUUUCAGUUCUUUUAAAAAGAGUCUUAAAACAAAGAUAUCUUAGACAUAUCGGACCACACAUUUUGACCAUGUUAUAAAUAUUGUUGUUUUGUUAAACUCUACAUAUCAUACAUUAUGCAGAAAUAUUUUUGUACAGAAAUUACUUUAUUGAGAGUAGUGUGGAAAUUUCAAUAGUAACAUUAUUACUUAUAUACAAUUGAAUUCCAAUUUAUUUCAAUUUCCGUUUGUUACUUGUGGUUUAAUCUCUGUAAAGUUUCACAUGUUCUAUGUGGAAUGAUCUUUGUGAUGUUUGUAUGUGCCAUCAUUGCAUGCCUUUAAGGCAAGCAGCUUAGCAGCAGUAAUAAUACUGUAAAGUGACAAGAUAUUGGUUUUCCACCAUUUACUGUUUGUCAUUGCUGAAUUUGUAUAAAACCUGUCUUGAAAGCUG